AUGUCGCAACACCGUCCCGUUCCCGUCGCCCCCCGUCCCGUUCCCGUCGCCCCCUGUCCCUUCCCUGUCGCCCUCCGCAUCGUCGCCUCCCGUCCCCUCACCGUCGCGUCCUUGUCGCCCUCCGUGUCGUCGCCUCCCGUCCCCCCCUUUCCGUCACAUUCCCGUCCCGUCGCAUCCCCCGUCGCCUCCCGUCCCCUCACCGUCGCCGUCAGAAUCCGCCCCACCCGCUGCCACGCCUGUCUAGCCGCCCUACCGCCAGUCCCGUCGCGUCCCCCUGAAACCGCCGCCUGA